GAAAGUCUCUAGAAAAGCAAACGAAGCGAAGGAUUCACGAUGAAACAAGAUUUUGAUGAAAUGAAUCAUGGCCAGUGAGCAUCUUUCUCGUACAGUCGUAUUCAAUGCUCCCCGACAUUUGGGUGGUCCUCCUGAAACUAGCACCAAACAUGUGGCGUCAAAUGAACUUGCAACUGCCGCCUCGCAAGCUGCGCAUCGCCAUCUCAGCUCUUCUACUCGGUUCUGGAUGCUUCUCGUUCUUUUCCCAUUGAAUCUCAAGCCACAGAAGUAGCCAAAGAAGACCGCUCUAGAGAACAGAGAGAGAGAGAGAGAGAGAGAGAAGAAGAAGAAGAAGAGAAUUGAAUUCAGCCAUGGAUAUGCUCGAAAGCAGCUCGCCCUCACGGUGUUGCAUGGGUCAGGAUUCAUUCGAGGAAUGGGAAGAGUCCGAUAUCGUCUGGUCCUCCGACACGGACCCGAGUUCCCCGCCCGCGACCCCGACCGCCGCUCCGAACCGCCACCCACAUGCUUCGAUGUUCGGGCUCACCGCAGUGCUGGCCGACCCGCCUCUCGUCCAGAAGAAACCCGCCAUAAACCCGACCCUGUCUGCCCUGUCGGCUGCCCGCGCGAUCCCGCAAGCGCCGCACUCGUCCUCUCCGGACCGUGGAGGCUUGUCCGGGUCGGGUCCUGGGAGGGCCCGGAUGUCGGCCCCCGUGGAUGUGCCGGUUUGGCCCAAGUGGGCCAAAGGCAGCGUGCCCGGGACCGACCGUCGCAAGUGGGAGCAGUGCGAGGACAUUGACGCGGAGGAUGAUCAUCGGCCGGAGAAGAAGAAGAUGGUGCCACCGCAUGAAAUGGCGGCCAUGUCGCGGGCGACGAUGGCGUAUUCGGUGUUUGAAGGUGCCGGGAGGACGCUGAAAGGGAGGGACUUGAGGCGAGUCAGGAAUGCUGUUUUCAGGAAAACAGGUUUUCUAGAUUGAAAGUGCUUAGGGCCAUCAACUAUCGUGUGGGGAGAUGACCAACUUUCCCUAAGUCCCAUUAGCUUUGUGGAUAAAUAACAUGAUGAAAUUUUUUAGUGUUUUGGUCAAAAGGUUUAGUCACAUGUGUGAGGAUCUUUUAUCCUACGAACACAUGCUGUUCUUAGUUGGAAUCAGCUUGUAAUGCGCCAACCAUGGAGAGACAUAUUCCUUUUCGUGUAAAGACAAAAGUGUGUGUGUAACACAUUGGUGACACUA